CACACUUCUUACUUUCACUUUUAUUUCAAUGUCGAAGCGAGACAGGCACUGAAAUAUCUCUUUGGGAAAUGAAAAACAGCUUCAUCUGAAAAGCGACACAACAGCGAAGUGUUGAUAUUACGACGCAUGGGUGAGGUAUAGGUGCAGGAUGGCAGAGGAAGGCCGUGCAGUGUACGUUCACGGUUUGCCGACAGACGUAGAUCACGAACGGCUCCGGGACAAACUCCUGAUUCACUUUCUACGCGCGAGGAACGGAGGAGGAGAGGUCACGUCGGUUUCUUUCAUCAGUGGAUCGCCAACGUGCGCCAUCAUCACCUUUGAGGAGAGCAGAGUGGUCCAGAGUGCACUUCGUCAUCAUCCUCACAUUAUAGAGCUAGAUGGCAGAAAGUAUGAACUCUCCUUGAGCUUUCCAAUUCACACGCCCUUGAGCCUGAAUAAGGUGGUCCUCGAUAUGGCUGUGAGCAUAGAUUGCAGUCAGCUUAAACAGGGUGCAGAGACACUAAACACACUGCGCAGUAAAUUUCCAGGCCUAUAUAUGAAACCUGGCCUAAUACAGCAGACGUGCACCUUGCAAGGCACAUAUUCUGUGGUUCAGGAUGCCUUGUCUUAUAUGCAGAAGUACUUUAGUCUCACACAAAAUCUUGCAAAGACCAAAUAUCCUGAUGCUAGUGAAAAUAGCGGCCAUACUCCAGAGAAAAGGGAGGACCUUGGGAGUCAAGAUCAACAGAGAGGGACCAGUUCUGCACACCAGUCAUCGGCAUUUUACUUGAGAAAACAUGACAUUGAAUCUACUCUGGGAUUAGGAAAAGAGGGGUAUGGACUGAAAAAUAAACCUGAAAAAGCCAAAGUGGAGGAGGGGGCAGAGUGCAGAAUAAAUGAAACCGAUUGUCAAGAUCUUUCACUCAUCAUGGAAGCUGAUGUGUUUGCAUAUUUGCAGAACAACAAAGAGUACAGGCAUUUAUUGCAAAAUCAUGGCGCGCAAGUGGUUCACGUGACAUCUGACGGGGUCACAACCCUGUACCUCCAAUCAGAGGUAGCAACAGGGUCACGGGAUACAAAGAAAAUGCAGCAAGCUCACAAAGAGCUGAGGCAGCUUUACCAACAGCAAGAGAAUUGCCUGAGGAAGGACCAGCUUCAGAGACGCUUCCUCUUCUUGCCAAAUGGUCUGACUGCAGAGUUAAAAAACGUGCAGUCAGUACUCCCUAAUGUUCUCCUUAGUUAUGACCAAGACAACGUUUAUAUAGUGGGGGAGAAAAGUGAGGUAUCUCAGGCCAAACAAAUUCUACUGAUUGGGACAGGUGAGGGAAUGAUUGGGAGCAUGACAGAAUUACCAGCAUCCUCUUCCAGUUCUGCAUCCCCAUCACCGGAACCCUUUGAAAAAGAACUACUAACAAAAAAGAAAAACGAAGCGCAAACUCAAAUGACCCCUAAACUGAUUGGCUCAAACACAGAACGAAAAGGAGAGGGCGGAAAAGAAUACAAACUAGCGGCUCGGUUUAAGAACUCUGGGUUUGGAGGUAGGGGCCUUUGUGCUAAAGAGGAGAUGGGUGGAGAUCUGAAGAGUAUCACAAACAAAAUGGAAAUGCUAGGGUUAACCCCGAACUCUCAGUUAACACCACACAUUAGGCCUUCCCUUAGUACUGGAGGCAUUAUCAGUCAUGAAGUGACCGCUGAGGGAACUCCAACAUUCAGGAUGACAGGGCUAAACUGUACAGGGGAGGAUGUCCUAUUUAAAAACCAAGACAGGCUAUCUUUGAAUACAUUAGGGAGCAACACAUUCACUGGAAAAUCAACUUCUUACCCUGCAUACACUUCUGCAAUGGCAACAGGAAUCAAUGCCACGUUGAACCCAAGUGUGAAUGCUCUUUUGGAUAGUAAUACAGAAUUGAAGUCCGCUGCCCCCUUCGCAACAUCAGCGCCAACUUACACAUCUGCUUUAAGGAGGACUAAUAGUUUUUCUGGUCAGCUUUGCCUAAAAGAGCAAGUGCAAAAGAACCAUAUCCCUACUGGGUCAUUGACUGACACACGUGCACAUCAAAGAGCAAGAUCCAAUAGCCUUAGUGGUGGUAAAGUCAGUACAGGUUUACCUGUUCCUACAGUGGAAGCCGAAUUUACAGUGUCUUCAGUAAUGUGGAACUACAUAAAAGAAGCUUACCACAACCAAGUGGACAGCAUAAAAUCUGACUUGCAGAUGUCCGAGAAACAAGUAGGCAAAACAGAGCUGAGCGUGGUACUGAAGAGCACAGAGUCCUCUAAGGUUGAGGAAAGUCAUCGUCAGUUUCAGAAUUUAGUGGCUAUGGUAGCCAGUGACUUCACUGUUUGGGAUUUGCGUUUGGCUGAGCUUGGCCUGGUUGAAAAAGAUGAUAUCUUUGAGGCCUGCUGCAUGGACGUGCAGUCGCGUUUUCGUAAAGUCAUCUUGCACACAUUGAUGGACAGAAUUUUCAUGCUUGGGCCAAAAUUGCUUUGCUCUCAAGUCAGUGAUAUAUUUAGGGAGGUAUUUCCUGUGAAGGAGUUUAAUUCAUUUGACCCAAUGGUGCACCUGCAAGAGGGUGUUGCUCAGGUAACAACCAAGGCAUCUUUAAGCACUCUAGACCAAAUAAGCAGGCGGGUACCAAAAGUUGACCACUUUAAGUCUGAACAAAAUGAAAUGAUUCCAUCUAACAGCGGUCAAACCAAAUGCAAGAGUCAGUCAACGAAACAGAAAUCAAGUACAUUCGAAAGUUCAGAAAAACUUAAGUCAAAGAAAGAUGAAUUAAGCAAGACAAGCUUACCCAGUCAAUCAAAUGAUGUCAGAAAAGACCAAACGGGACUAAGAAGUGAUGAGCAAAGUUCUUUUGCUCCCAGAGCACACAAAAAAGAAGAUAUCUCAUUGACGUUGAAACAGACCAACCUGCUUUCCCAUAAACUUUUAGACCAUUGUGUGUGUGGAGCAAGUGGCCCUGACGUGAAACGGACCAGCUGUGGUGUCAUCCUAUGCAGUGUCUGCCUCACAAAGCAUUCACAAUGCAGAGUUUGUGGACUGGAAGAGUUACAUUCUAAGAAGAAGGUUCUGGAGAAUCCGUUACAAGGCUCAAAGGAUGUACGACAGAAUCAGACGCAGGAGCAUCAAGAAGAGCAGCAUUCAGGAAAAGAGGCCCGAAAAGAUCAUAAGGGCAUCCGUGGCACUGUGAGAUUUUCCGAGAUGUCUUUGAGCAUUCCUGGUUUUGAUCGAUACACAACAGCCAAGAUCACAUAUUACAUACCUGAUGGCAUACAGGGGGAUACCGAUCCAUGUCCCGGGUCAUCAUUCCAGGGUGGUCGGUUUGAAGCAUACCUGCCACUCAGCCCAAAAGGAAAGGCUUUAAUGCACUGCCUUGAAAAGGCUUUUCAUAAAGGGCUAACUUUUGCUGUAAGUCGAGGCAAGAAUGAAGGUGAAGGUGGAAAAGUGACCUGGGGAAAGAUUCCUCACAAGACAAAGAUGGACGGAGGAAAGAGUCUGAAUGGAUAUCCUGACUCAUCAUACCUUAACCACUUAGCAGAGAUACUGGAGGCUCAUGGGAUUGAAUGAGUACCUGCGAUUUGUCAAGAUCAAGUCAAAUCUUAAUGGUGAUAUGACUACCACAAGUCUUCAUCCUGACCACACAUCAUUUGCAAAUAGUAUUUUAUAUAUCGAUUACCUGUGAUUUAUAUUGUAAUGAAUGUGGAAUGAUACUCUUAAAUAUAGUUUAAUUAAUAGGUAAGCCUACAGUAUAAAUAACGUUCAACCUCUGUAAAUUCUGCAUCGAUUGAAUGUCUCUUUGAAUACAAAAUCUUAUUUUAUA